AUGUCUCUUUAUCAUAUUGAAAGUGCUCUUUUAUCUGGCCUUGCUGUGUUUCUAGGGGCAUCUGUUGUACUGUGUCUUUAUCGUGCUAUCGCUUCGCCCUUGCGGAGGAUCCCUGGGCCUUUUGUGUCCCGCUUUUCAGAUAUUUGGUACUUCUUGCAAGUCAAGGGCGGCAACUUUGAAAAGGUUAACAUCGCUCUCCAUCAAAGAUUCGGCCCUAUCGUGCGUCUGGGUCCGAAUCGAUACAGCUUGUGCCAUGUGGAUGCGACCCAAGGGAUUUACAGCAUUAAUUCUGGAGCUAAAUUCGCCAAGUCACCGUGGUAUAGCGCAUUUGGCAACCCUCUCAUUCCGAGGGACCUUUUCUCAGAGUCAAACAUUCGAGUCCAUGCCCAGAAGAGACGGCAAUACCAAAAUGUAUACUCUCUAUCGUCUAUGGUAUCUUACGAAGCGUUCGUCGAUGAAUGCGCCGACCUCUUCGAUCAGCGGCUUUGGGAGAUGGCGAGUGAUGACACAACACAGAAGGUUGGUGUACCCACGGACAUAGGCCACUGGUUCCAAUGCUACGCCUUCGAUGUCAUUUCCAUGAUAACCUUUUCGAAACGAUUGGGCUUUCUCGAAGCUGGUCGCGAUAUAGACAACAUAAUGUCCACUCUGGACAACAGUGUCGUAUUCAGCAGUCUGAUGGGUAUUUUUCCGAGCUUUUAUAAAGUCGUGCUUGCCCUCCAAAGAGUUUUGCCACAAGUACAAUUCUCAAAGUUUCAAGCAAUUUCCGAUUUCACAACACAAUGUAUGGCCGAGCACCAGGCAGUACCCAAAGUCAUGUCGCCAGACGGAGAUGAGAACGAGGAGAAGACGAACUUUAUGACUAAGCUCAUGGCACGCCAUCAUAAAGAUCCAGCAAAAUAUACCGAAUUUUACGCUUGGUUAGGUUGCAUGCAGAACAUCGCAGCUGGCUCAGACACGACCGGAGCCACCCUAACUGCUACACUAUAUUAUUUGCUCAAACAUCCACAGACAAUGAAAAAGCUCCGACAAGAAAUUGAUCAUCAUGAUCGCAAUAACUCGUCAAAGUCAUUUAGCUUUAAGCAGACUCAGGAUAUGUUGUAUUUACAGGCCGUCAUCAAAGAGGCAUUAAGAAUGCACCCUGCAACAGGACUGCCGCUGGAAAGGGUGGUGCCUGAGGGUGGUGCCACCAUCUGUGGUCAAUUCUUUCCGGCAGGGACCGUCGUCGGUGUCAACACUUGGGUAGAACACUAUAACGAGCAGAUCUUUGGCCCGGAUGCCACUGAGUUUCGACCAGAACGAUGGUUGGACAAGGACAGAAACAAGGUGGCUUUCUUGAAUCGCCAUUGGAUACCUUUUGGCAUGGGUGCGCGAACUUGUAUAGGAAGACAUGUCUCCUAUUUGGAAAUAUCAAAACUAAUGCCAAGAAUAUUGCGGGACUAUGACUUUGAGUCAACUGGGGACAUGCAGCAUGGUAUCAAGUCAUGGAAAACUAUGAAUCAUUGGUUCGUUAAACCAAAGGAUUUUAGGGUUAUGCUGAAAAUCAGAAAGUCCCAAGUUGAAAACUAA